CCCUCUACCAUCGUCUGCGAAGGGGGCGGGAGACGUGCGCGUUUCUUUCCCUCCCUCGUGACUGUCUGGCGCGCCGCUGCCCGCCCCGCCCCCCCCUCCAUCCGCGGAUGCAGGAUGGCUCGCGCCGCAGCCUGGGUACGGACCCUCUCCAUACUCUUGGCCUUGCUCGAGUUCAUCGCCGGCGUCCAUAGGGCACGAAAGCCCAACGUGGUGCUCAUCGUGACAGACGACCAGGAUGCCUGCCUCGGCGGAAUGACACCACUGAAAAAGACCAAUUCCCUUAUUGCAGAGAUGGGGAUAAGCUUCUCCAAUGCUUACGUACCCAGUGCACUGUGCUGUCCCAGCAGAGCCAGCAUUUUUACAGGAAAAUAUCCACAUAAUCACCAUGUUGUCAAUAACACUUUGGAAGGAAAUUGCAGCAGCAAAUUGUGGCAGAAGAUGCAGGAACCGUAUACCUUCCCAGCUAUUCUCAAGUCUAUGUGUGGCUAUCAGACCUUCUUUGCUGGGAAAUACUUGAAUGAGUAUGGAGCAGAAGAUGCUGGGGGAAUUAGCCAUGUUCCUCCUGGAUGGAGUUUUUGGUAUGCAUUAGAAAAGAAUUCAAAGUACUACAAUUACACUCUUUCAGUAAAUGGAAAAGCACGGAAGCAUGGUGAGAACUACAGUGUCGAUUACCUCACAGAUGUACUGGCCAACAUGUCUUUGGAUUUUCUGGAAUAUAAAUCCAAUUUUGAGCCUUUCUUCAUGAUGAUAGCAACUCCAGCUCCACACUCACCUUGGGUAGCUGCUCCUCAGUACCAGAAGACCUUCCAAAAUGUCAGUGCUCCAAGAAGCAGUAAUUUUAAUAUUCAUGGAAAGGAUAAGCAUUGGCUCAUCAGGCAAGCAAAGACUCCAAUGACUAAUUCAUCAGUACAAUUCCUAGACGCUGCUUUUAGGAAAAGAUGGCAGACUCUACUAUCAGUGGAUGAUAUGGUAGAAAAACUUGUGAAGACAUUGCAAUUCCACGGGGAACUGGAUAAUACGUACAUCUUUUUCACAUCUGAUAAUGGUUUUCAUACAGGGCAGUUUUCUUUGCCUAUUGACAAACGUCAGCUCUAUGAGUUUGACAUUAAAGUUCCAUUGUUGGUUCGAGGACCUGGAAUAAAACCCAACCAGACGAAUAAGAUGCUUGUGGCAAACAUUGAUUUGGGUCCUACUAUUUUAGAUAUUGCAGGCUAUGAUCUAAAUAAAACACAGAUGGAUGGCAUGUCACUGUUACCACUAUUGAGAGGAGAUGCAAAUGUGACCUGGAGAUCAGAUGUUUUGAUUGAAUACCAAGGAGAAGGGCACAACAGCAGCGAUCCUACCUGUCCUGCCCUUGGGCCUGGUGUCACUCAUUGUUUUCCAGAUUGUGUUUGUGAAGAUGCUUACAACAACACUUAUGCAUGCGUACGGACGCUCUCGGCUUUGUGGAAUCUGCAGUACUGUGAAUUUGAUGAUCGGGAGGUAUUUGUUGAAGUUUAUAACUUGACUGCUGAUCCACACCAGCUAAAUAACAUUGCAAAAACAAUAGAUCAAGAAAUCUUAGAAAAAAUGAACUAUCGACUAAUGAUGAUGCAGUCCUGUUCUGGAUCUACUUGUCGCACACCUGGAGUAUUUGACCCAGGGUACAGGUUCAACCCACAUCUGAUGUUCAGCAAUCAUGGAGCUCCUCCUCGCAGACUUUUCACACGUUCCUUGUAGCAGCAUCCACUAGCCCGUUUGUUCAUUUCUUCCAAACCACUACAGCAGAUCUGCCCAACUUAUUCUGCCCACACUGUAAAGACUCUAUCAGCUGGCUUUGUUGGGGAGAAAACAACUUCCAGCUGGUCACCAUGUGCAAUAUAUGUAUAUUACAGAAACGAUAAAUCUAGGCUGUUACAGAAGUUCAGUGUUAACUUGACAUGAAUCUGAUUUAUUGUUUGGUGUAAAUGAGAUUGUUUACUGCUUAAAAACUUACUGUGAGGGAAGGCGGUCGUGAGAGAACUGGAUUGGGGCAGGGAUAAAAAAGUGGCAUUUGUUGCAUAGCCAGAGAUUACGAUCUCUUUAUAGAUAGAACCACUACCUAAUAAGCUUUUAAAGAUAGUGUGAUUCUUGGUGGUGUUUGUGCUUGAGACUGGAAUAAUCAAAUUAACCAGGAAGGUUGCAUCCAACUUCUCAACUGUCCAGUCUGAGCUGGAGUUACCAAUAAGAACUUGUUUGCCUUGUGCUUUUUCAUAUUAUCAUCAAUUCCAUUUUCAAGUCAACUUUGUCAACCAAUGAAUGGACACUGUUCUCAUGGGCAUCCCAGCAUCCAGCAUUUCCUGUUUUGUUCAGUAAAACAGGGAUGAUAUGAAUGCAAAACAGAAACUGUCAUUCUUAAAAGUUGCAGAUACUUUUUAAUUUAGCACCAUAAAUAGAAAAUGAGGUUUGAAUCCUCUCUUUCCCAGAAGUUGUUUUGGGAUCAAAAGUCAUUUAGGUUAAGUCUGUGCUAAGAGCUCUUCAUGGCAAAGAAUUGCAGGUUGUAUUGCUUUAGUGGCCAGGCUUUAUGCUUGGGAAAGAAGUAAUUGCUUGUCUGUCUUAUAGUUUCAGCACUUUUUCAAAAGUUAGAAACUACUAAUAUUUUAAUGCAUUAGCCUUUUAUUAUGCUAAAAGUUUAUAUAGUAAUGGAUUAAUGGUUAAGUGUAUGUGUAACUUCUGGAUAUAACUUCUGCAAUUAAGAAUUUGUGUACCAUCCUGAAGUUGCACUGCAGUAGAAACUCCUACUGGUAAACUUUUGCUAAAUUGACUGCAGAGAGGUUUAGGGUCAACUGCUAUUCACUUACAAUAGUAGGAAACAGUGGAAUAGUUUUUACCUAGAACAUGUAUUAUCAAUUAUGUUCAUUAUCCAGAAACAGUAAAGGCUGAACUGAUUUCUUAUAAUAGUGGCUUCUGUGUAUGCUGUGCUUGGUCAUCUAUGAGAGGGGCUGAAUCAAUUGUGGGUCAGUGCAGAGAACAAGGAAUAAGCUUUAGUUUUGGAAGAGGGGAGUUAUACGAAGGUAGGUUUAAGCUGUAGCUUUUUGUACAGUGGGAGUUUAAAGCUGGUUCACAUUGAGGCAUAUAAUACACAUCUGUCUCAAAAUACACAUGGAGCAUUUUUCCUUGAAAUGUACUCUUCCAGCCUUACUUUCAAGAUAAAAGCUUGUUAAAUAAGUGAGAUUAACAGAUCAUUUCUUUCUUGCAGUCUGUGGUAGUUGAACUCAUGAGCUUGUCUCACUGAACAUUUGAAUCGGAUCUUACAAUUUGGUGAAGGUAGCUGAAUACAAGCUAUGUGUUCAUUGUUUCAGGUACAAAAAGUAUUAAUAUCUCAAGAAGCUGACUUUUGAAAAAAAAUUGUAAGAAAUGAAAGGUAAAUACUGAAAGUAAAUGCCUUCUUUGAAACCUAUAUAUGCCAUUUAAAGAGGAUCUUAGUCUGUAUUCAGACAUCAUGCGAUGAGUACUUCACCACUGGAAUAGUAUCACAAUUGAAUCUUUGGAGAAUCUUUGGUAGAAAUGGAAUUUUGGGAUUUACUUAUUGGUAACAUGAAAACUAAUCAAGAUGAGUAACAGCAAAUUGCAUGUUUCUCAUAUGAAGCAGUUGCUAAUAAAGAUUAACUUAUUAA